AUGGAUCAGUCCAAUGACGUAGAUUUUCCACGUCAUGUUCGAAACGAGGUGCCUCAAGCCACAUUAACUGGCAUUUCCACAACUACUACUCGAGGUACUCCUUCGACAUCAUUCGCCCCUGUUGAUGUGGACUUGCUCAUUAGAAAGGCAUCCACAGAUAAAAAUUUGACUUACUUGGUACAAAAAUCGAUUCCUCUUCUAUGGCAAAAUUCGAAUGAAUGGAUCCAAGCUUUCAGCAAUGUCACAAAGGCGAAUGUCCAUCGAACAUCUCCAUCUCUAUUUGAAUCGAAGGAGGAAGUGAGUUCGGAAAACUUUCUUCGUUCUGUUGAAACCCUCCUAGACCUUCAGACUCAACGUCAAAUGAGUAUAAAAAAUUAUCGGCCACUUCGAGGCCAAACACCUAGUGAUAUUCCACAAAUUUCUGCUUCCACGGUUGUCCAGUCAGCAUCUGCUCUACUCAAUGUCUUCUCAGCGUUUACUGGUAAUCAGGAUUCCUCGGGUCAUGCAAAACACGGUGCAGAUGAAUAUACAAUUCAAAGAAAUGGACUGGAACUCAGAAGAGGCAUUAGAAAUACGCUCUUGGAUGCAGGAAAUCUCGUGAAGGAGUCCAACCUCAUAGAUUUAAGGUGUGUGGACCCUUACGGUAGGCUUGAAAUAACCAAGAAGAGGUCACGAUUUCUGAGAUCAGUAGGAGGAACAAUGAGCACUAACGAGAAGGCAAACUUUCCAUCGCUUAGACAACAUUCCAUUGGAGCAAUUAUUUCCACUUGUACUGUAGAUUAG